UAAUCUAUAAUGCACAAACAAACACACACACAACUAUCGCAUAAACAAAACGUUCAAUACUAGCGAGCAAUUAAAUGUUUGUUGUUAAUUUGGAGAUUUGUUUAAAAGCAAACAUCGCAUAAUUUAGAACAUUCAGUUGUGAACGAGCUGGCGCGCAGUCAAGUGUGGCAAAAAUAGAAAUUGAAAUUUUUGGAAGAUCGUGUCUACUUAAAGUGUUAUUGUAUUCACAUUAGAAARCUUCUAAUUCUAGCUGAUAUAAAUAACAGUGUCAAGUGCAUAAAAACCUGCAAGUUUUGCGUUCGACAAGUGCAUUUCAAAGUAUCUCCAGGAGCGUUGCGCUUCAGUUUGYCAAGCUAAGCCAUAAACAAAAUUAAAUAAACAAAAGCAAAUAUUAUGUCCUGCAAAGUGUUCUCAUAUCUGYUAAGUGUUCUACUUAUUGCACAGAUACCGAUUAACGGCAUCAGCGCCGGCACGGAUGAUAACGAGAUCGACAAUGCGCCAGAAUACUACUUGUUACAGGGAGUGAAAGUCUAUCCCGCCGACCGUGAGUGCGCCCUGCUUGGCGGUUUGUGUGUGCACCACAGCGAUUGCUUGGAGCCGACUACGAAUCGCGGACUAUGCCCAGCCAACAAACACCGUGGCGUGGAAUGUUGCUAUGAACUGCCACUGAGGCCCGCACCGUGUGAGCAGCAUUUGGGCAUCUGCAUGAAUACCUGUGCCGAGUACCUACAGCGACCCGGCACCGAUUGCCAAGGCGGACAAGUCUGUUGUGUCCUAGUCUAAGCCUAAGGCAGGUUCUCACAUCAAUCGGACGUGUGCGCAUAUUAUUAAUAAUACGAAUGAAAAAAAAUAUUGUUUAAAUUUAUAUAUGUAAUAUACUCAUGUACUCCAGUGAGUAUAUCGAAUUAAACUAAACUAAGCUUUAACAAAGAUCGUUCGAGCCAAUCGUUCUGUKCAGAGAAAAGUAGGAGGAUGCAUCAUAUGCAACUCAUUUGCUCGUUCGAGUAAUUACUGAAUGUAUUGUAAUGUAUUUUUCCUAUAUAUUACUUUUUAUGAUGAGUUUUUAGUUUUCUUGGUUUAAUUUUAAGUUAAUUAAUGGCAAUUGCCUAUCGCCCACUUGUUUCGCAACUUCAUGCCCAUGUGGGUUGACUUGCAUUUAUGACACACUAAAUACACCUACAUAUGUAUGUGUAAAGAACAGUUUACUUUAACAGCAGCUAAAGAAGGAAAAAAUGCAAAUGUCUGUAAAUAAAAAAUGUUGUAUUUAAUUAUAAAAAUYUAUAAGGAAAA